GGAGAUCAGAGGCAGUGGCCACUACAAAUAUACGGGUGCUUAUUCUUUUGGCGUUGAUAGCUGGGACAGUGCUGAGGCCCGAGAUGGAGGAGGAGCAGCAGCAGCAGCCGCAGCCUGACCCGAGGAGGCCUCGCCCACCCCCGCCUGCUCCUCCGCGGCCGAGGCCACCAGUGCCACCCCCGCAGCCUCCGCAGCCACCACCAGCUCCACCUGCUGGACCCAAGAGGCUGGUUAUCGGUAGUCGGGUUUAUCAGCUAAUCCAUCUGGGAACCUAUGUAAUCAAACCGCUGCAUGGUCUGGAAGCGGAUACACAGGCUCCGGACCCAAGAAACCCUGGCAAUGGCGCUAGGAACUUCACUUCCCGCGUCAGCAGUCCAAUGGUUUCUGCGGGAGCCGCUGCUGCAGAUCCAGAAAAUAAACGGCAGUAUCAGGAAAAGCGUCGUCGUCACGUCACAGACCAAGCUGACGCCGAGGUCAAACGACCGAGAGUAAAAGACGAGCCGCCGGAAGCAACAGAGGCACAUGGGAAGAACAGAGCAGUCCCAUUAAAAGUGCGUGGUAUUACAUGCAAAGAUGUUUUCGUUAAUGGACGCGAAGGACUGUUGGUGACAGUUUCUUGGGAGAAGAGAUCUUGUGAAUCCAAGCCAGAAUUCAAAACUGAAAGCAAAGAUGCUGCAGUACCGACCAUCGCCGAACUGCAAGAUAAUCAAAAUACCCAAAGGUCUCCUGCAGAAACAAAUUUGCAGCACACUGCACAGCAUGGCUGUGUCGGACCACCUUCCUGGCACUGUGCCCAGUGA